AUGGGAGAAGAAAACCAAACGUAUGUGACUGAAUUUGUCUUCCUGGGCCUUUCGCAGGAUCCUCAGACACAAGUCCUGCUCUUCUUCCUGUUUCUGGUCAUUUACCUGCUGACUGUGCUGGGAAACCUGCUCAUCGUUGUGCUUAUUCACGUAGACACCAGACUCCACACGCCCAUGUACUUCUUCCUGAGAAACUUGUCCUUUGCUGAUCUCUGCUUUUCUACUACCACGGUCCCACAGGUGCUAGUCCACUUCCUGGUAAAGAGGAAAACCAUUUCCUUUGCUGGAUGCUCAAUGCAGAUAGUCGUUGUGCUUCUGGUUGGGUGCACAGAAUGUGCACUCCUGGCAGUGAUGUCCUAUGACCGCUAUGUGGCUGUCUGUAAGCCCCUGCACUAUUCCACCAUCAUGACACAUUGGGUCUGUGUCCAGCUGGCCAUAGGGUCUUGGGCCAGUGGGGCAUUCGUGUCUCUGGUGGACACCACAUUCACAUUGCGUCUGCCCUACAGGGGAGACAAUAUCAUUAACCACUUUUUUUGUGAACCUCCUGCCCUACUGAAGCUGGCUUCAGCAGACACCUACAGCACAGAAAUGGCCAUCUUUGCAAUGGGUGUGGUGAUUCUCCUAGCUCCUGUCUCCCUCAUUCUUGUCUCCUACUGGAAUAUUAUCUCCACUGUGAUCCAGAUGCAGUCAGGAGAAGGGAGGCUCAAGGUUUUCUCAACCUGUGGCUCCCAUCUUACCGUUGUUGUUCUCUUCUAUGGCUCAGCAAUCUUUGCCUACAUGAGGCCAAACUCCAAGGAAAUGAGUGAAAGGGAUAAAGUGAUAUCUGUAUUCUACUCAUCAGUGACUCCCAUGCUGAACCCCAUCAUUUAUAGUCUGAGGAACAAAGAUGUCAAAGGGUCUCUCAAGAAAAUAACUGGAAGAUAG